AUGCGUAACAUGUGUGAAGCAUUCGUUACUUUAGCAACAAAUGAUGAAUACGCAUGUGGUGCUCUUGUUUGGGCACAUUCAUUGCGUGAAGUAAAGACGACGAGACAGGUUGUGUGUUUGACAACAAAACAGGUUUCAAAGCAAAUGCUAGAUAUUAUGGGGUCUGUAUUUGACCAUGUAGAAUUCGUUGAUGUACUUGAUAGCAAAGACGAAACGAACUUAGCAUUACUUUCGAGACCAGACUUGGGGGUAACCUUCACAAAGCUUCAUUGUUGGAGAUUAACUCAGUAUACGAAAGCUGUUUUUAUGGAUGCUGACACUAUGGUAUUGAGAAAUAUUGAUGAUUUAUUUGAGCGGGAAGAACUCAGUGCUGCUCCGGAUCCAGGUUGGCCAGACUGUUUCAAUUCCGGAGUUUUUGUUUUCAAACCGUCAUUGGAAACAUACAAGAAGAUACUAAGUUUUGCUGUUAGCCAUGGAAGCUUUGAUGGGGGCGAUCAAGGUCUGCUGAAUAUCUUCUUCUCCGACUGGGCAACCAAAGAUAUUCGUCUUCAUUUACCGUUCAUUUACAAUGUCAUCAGCCAAGCAUUUUACUCCUAUCCACCUGCCUUUAUUCAUUUUCGUAAUAAAAUUCGUGUUGUUCAUUUUAUUGGGUUUGAGAAACCUUGGCACUGUGAACUGGACAAAUUCGGACAAGUCAUUGUUCGUGAUCCCACAAGUGUUGGAACACCUGAAUUUUUGCAGCACUGGUGGAAUUUAUUUAUGACUCACGUUCAUCCAAAACUAACCCCUGGUGAGAGCGAUUUUGUGGGUAAAUUGGCUCAGAUCGAGAUAAAUCAAUCUUCCUCAAGCUUGACUCAAGCCAGUGAUGAAUCUGAAAGACAAUUGGCAUGGGAACGUGGGCAAAUGGAUUAUAUGGGUUCUGAUUCAUUUGAAAAAAUACAAAAUCUUCUGGAAUCAAAAAUCAAAAAAUAG